AUGUCCUCAUUACGAAACUCAAUACAACGCCGCUCGCACCGCGAGAGAGGCCAGCUCAAGGAACGCGAGAGGCUCGGCCUUCUCGAGAAGCACAAGGACUACGCCCUCCGAGCCAAAGACCACAAGAAGAAACAGACUGUCCUCAAGAGCCUGAAGCAAAAGGCCGCCGAGCGCAACGAAGAUGAGUUCUACUUCGGGAUGGUGUCCCGGGGCAAGUUCUCCACAGACAAGCUCGCGGGCGGCAAGAGGUGGACGGGCACGGUAGCAGGCGACAGGGGCAACAAGGCCAUGGACGUGGACACCGUGCGGCUGCUCAAGACGCAGGACAUCGGCUACCUGCGGACCAUGCGCAACGUGGCCGCCAAGGAGGUGGCACGGCUCGAGCAGCGGGCUGUGAUUGCUGGCGCGUUUGCCGGUGUUGCUGCCGAUGCGGAGGAAGAUGAUGAUGAGGACCUUGACAGUGACGAGGACGACGAGGAACCGCGGCGGACGACAAAGGCACAGUCGAAACCAAAAAAGAUUGUGUUUGCCGACACUGCCGAGGACAGGGACGAGAUUCUGCCAGAGCCGGAGGACAGCGACGACGACAUGGUGGACAUGGACGACAGGAAAACGAAAGAGAAGAUGCGGAAGAGGCAGAACGCCGAGCGGUUACGACAGAAGCUACAGACUGCAAAGAAGAAGCUCAGCGCCCUGACGGAGACCGAGAUGGAGCUCGAGAUGCAGCGGGCAAAGAUGGCCAAGACGGCUACAGUGGGAGGCAUCACUAAGAAAGGGAAGAACUUCAAGGUGCGCGAGCGCAAGAGGUAG